CCAAUGGCGAGGCGAGCUGUGACAAUGGCUUCCUGUACCGGGUCACUUGGAGAGAUCCCGUGACUGUGGCCGUGAAAAUUGUAAAGCGGUCUGUUGCUAUAGGAACGGCGAGGACUUCACCGAGGUGGAAAGCUUUCUAUCAACAACAUAAAAUACAUUGAUUACAUUUAUACUCAGAGGGAGUGGAGCGAUUUUUACAAAUAGAUAAUACAAAGUUUUACUAUGGUUGUGUCUCAUAUAGGCACUGCUUGCUAGGUUAUGACCGCUAAAAAAUGUUUGGUCAACUAACACACCUUGUGUAAUAUCUUUUUUUGAUGGCUGAAACAAAAGACGUUAUAUAAGCCAGGCUUAAAAGAUUUCAUUGAUUAAAGAAUAAAAAAACAUUGAGGGGCAGCUAGUUUAGGGCAGAAGGGUCAGUUAAACUAAGGCACUUCUGUGUGUAAUAUUUCACCAUUUAAAUGUAAUUACCACAUUUUACAAUAUAAAUUAUAUGUGCACUCAAAGUAAGAGUCGUUAUCUAGAAUAUAUAAUACUUAUUACUUGUAUAAGUUUCCCAUGUAGAAUGGCGAUUUGAUUGCUAGAGGGCAUUUGCUGCAGAUGUGUUGAAAAUGCAUUAUUUAGUAGAGAAAUACACCCUCUGCAAAUAAAUAUCAGUUGUAUCUGGUACAGGUAGAAUUCCUAGUUGAUUCAUAAAAUUAGAAGAUUUGUGAUGGUUCACGUAAUAUCUAUGGUAUGGAGAAAGAUCCUCCGCAAGAGAUGGGUGCUGGGUGUUGUUUUUGCAUUGUCCCUCAUCUACUUUCUCACAAGCACCUUCAAGCAGGAAGAAAGGACUGUGAGAGACAGAACUCUUCUUCAGACUCGGGAUCAAGAGCAAAAUAUUCAAUGGAAGAUUCAGUUUAACCUGGGGAACAGCAGUAGAGUCCGUAACCAGUGUAGGAAUUCAGUGCAGGGGAAACUGCUUAUCACAGAUGAUCUAGGUUAUGUCUGUGAAAGGAAAGAGCUUCUAGCAAAUGGUUGUUGCAAUAUCAAUGUUGCCAGCACAAGGCUACACAGCUGUGAUAGCUGCCUUCCCUAUGGUUGCUGUAGUGUAUACGAGUAUUGUGUUUCAUGCUGCCUCCAGCCUAAUAAGAAACUUUUAUUGGAGCGUUUUCUAAAUCGAGCAGCCAGAGCUUUUGAAAACUUAUUCCAGGCAGUAGAAGACCAUUUUGAAUUAUGUUUAGCCAAAUGCAGGACAUCCUCUCAGAGUGUACAACAUGAGAACACCUACCGAAAUCCCAUUGCCAAGUAUUGCUAUGGGGAAAACCCACCUGAACUACUUCCUAUUUGAUUACUUCUGGUUGAGUCAGACUAAAUUCAUAUGCUGUUAAUUCCCAGCUGGCUAUCACAUUCAGGACUUCUUGUAAAGGAAUGGAAGAGGAUGAAGCAAGGCUUAAACCCACAACAACAAUAAAUUUACACUACUUUAUGUAAACAAGAAUGGGAUUUGUAGACCCGUGUAGGUCAUUGUAUAUGAAGUUAGCUGCCAAAAUUAUGCUGUUUGUUUUGAAUUUUUACAUGAUCUAUACAGAAUGUUUAUUACAUAGCAAAUGAGCACAGUAUUAGCAGAAAAACCUUUUAGCUGAACUACAGUUGUGUUUAGUGGACUUCCCUAAUUAUUGAAGAAAAUUAUAUAUAUAUUUAGUGUUGCUGAAAAAUGUAUACGAUUGUUCAGUCUUGUAAAAUUUUGAAUGCAUCCAACUUUUUUUUUUUUCUUUUAAUGCAAGUAUUUAUUUUAUUAUUGAAAAUCAUUAUUUUCUAUUAAUAUUUAUUAAAUGUAAUACAAUUCUUAUUGGGUUAAAAUCCCACAAUAUUGCACUUUCUUUUUUGUUCUGUUUAGGCAGCAACUGUGAAACAGGAUCGGAAUCUUGUAUUUUUUUUAAUUUUUUAUUAUUAUUCAUAGUAAAAUAUACAUUAGUGAACACAAUACAUUGUUAUAGGUGCUAAUGUUAUAGUUGUCACAAUUCGGACCGUAAUCCAUUCAUUUCAACAAGACACUAAGGGGCAGAUUUAAGAAAAUGCGAGCGGACAUGAUACGAUGUAGCGUAUCAUGUCUGCCGCACAUCGAAAAAUGCUGACAGUAUACGCUGUUGGCAUUUAUCAUUGCACAAGCAGUUCUUUUGAACUGCUUGUGCAAUGCUGCCCCUGCAGAUUUGCGGCCGAUUAGCGGGGGCUGUCAAUCAGCCCGAUCAUAUAGGUUCGGGCAGAUUGAUGUCUGCAGCCUCAGAGCAGGCGAACCAAACAGUGUGAUAAAUCAAUUAUGUUUUAAUCACAGUAUAACUUUAAAUGGACAGUAUACUAUAAAAUUGUUUUUCCCUUAAUGUGUUACCAAUAACUUUUUUUUACCAGCUGCAGAGUAUAAAAUGUAUGAGAUUUGCUUCUAAAGCUUAUUCGUGUAUAUGAAUUAGCUGGUUUUGUGCUUUAAAGCCACAACCUAAUAAAAUGGGUUGAGCUUGUAGGUAUAAUUAGAUCUCAUUACAUUAUCACAUUGUGUACAUAUACCUGCUUGUUUAUCUUAUAUCUGUCCAUAAACCAAUCACCAAUACUUGGAUAGAUCAAUGGAAAAUUAACAUUUUAUUACCUUAUCUCUUCUAUAACCCACUGGGAGUGUAGUUUCUUCUACUGGCUGUCUUAACGCAGCUUAGCCUUGGGGCCAAAAACUUUCAGGAUGGGUGGGUAUACCACAGGCUAAAUAAACUAUUUCAAAUGCCAAUAUAAGGGUAAUGGAAAUGCUUGUAAACAAUUUAAUACACUCCAGCAGGUAAAGUGGAUCAUUGGGAACACAUUAAAGGGGAGAACAUUUUUGAGUAAACUGUCCCUUUAAUCUCUGAACCUGAGCUCUUUUAGACAAUAAUCAUUUGACGUGAGUGCCAGAAUACAAGUGCUUUUGUAAACACUUUGAAUGGAUUACAGGUUAUCUACAUGUAACAUAUAGACUUAGGGGAAAUAUAUCUGGAUCAUUAGGGCAUUAAGCUGUCUGAAAUGGGGUUUUCUUACUUUUUUUUUUUUUAAAGGUUAGUGUUAUCCAACCAAGUAUAAUUUUGCAGAUAGUAUAAUUUUAUAUUUUCAAAUGUUUCAGAUAUAAAUGCAUGAAAGGAUUUAUUUUACAAUGUUUGGAUUAUUAUGUUAUUCUUUGUAUUUUAUGCUCUGUAGCUAUACUUAUAAAUAAACUGUGAAAAACGUUUAUGCUAGCUUUUUCUAUAUGAGUUUGUUUGGUAAUAUCUGAUUAAUCAAUUAAUUAUUCAGGUGUUAAAUUUAACAUAAAGUAACCAAGAGUUAGAUUUAUAGACCAGAAAUUUUGUAUGUUUAUCUGAUUAGUAAUUAUUUUUCAAUCUAAAUAGCCACAUUGUAUAUUAAAAAAAAGUUUUCCAAAGAAAUACAAACCAGUUGUUUUGAAAA